UGUUGUGUUUUUUUUUCGUUUUUUUUUUCUGAUUUUCUCUGUUUUUUCUGAUUAUGAGACAGUACAAAUGUAAAAGAAGAUGGAUGAUUUGUUCUUUGUCUCGUGUUUGGUUGUGUGCCCUAAAACUGUUAAAACGGAGGCUGUUCUCAUGAUUUUCUCGAAAUGGGUUUGAAUUCAAAUGUUGAAUUGAAUAUUAAAAAUGAAAUCUUUUUUGACUCAAAUUUAAAAAAGUUAUGAUUUUUAGUAAAGAGGAAAUUAAAAAUGAAAUCUUUUUUGACUCAAUUUAGUCUUUUUUUGCCAUAUCUGUUCUGGAAUUUUGCUUUUAUUGAGUCAACAUAUUGAGUGAGCUAAUGGGAAAUUGAAGUUUAGUCAUACAUACGCUGGUUCAUUGUUACUUGGCUUGGCUUUGCUUAAACUUAUGUUAAUGUUGUUUACUCUGUCUUGUCUAUAGUUUUUGUGAGCAGUGAGUGACAAAUGAAUAACGGUUCUUGGUUACCUGAAGAGGACUUCAAGGGUCUAGAGGAUAAUUUCUUUGAUAAUCUUGUUGAGCAUAUGGAUGAUAUUCCCCUUGAAGACAUUGAAACCGCUGAUGAUGAUGAGGAAGAAGAUUGGGUUACCGGGUUUAAAAACCUCGGCCCUCCACCAUUGGAUGUGCUAACAAGUUUGUCCUCUGAGUUCAAUUGCAAGGAACAGCGUGUGAGAGUCCAGAAGUCUGCAACCAUUGUGGGAAAGUUUUGGGGUUCUCUUGAUCUCUUCAACAACCACAAAGUUACUCUGAAGCAGUCGAGUUCUUCGGAUGUCUCUUCUACUGUUGAUAACUUCCCUCCUGAUGUCAAAGUCUCGAAGUUAUUUCAGUCUACAAGUCCAGUCUCAGUUCUGGAGAACAGCAAUGGUUCCGCCUUGUCCCAAAACCAAAACAGAAUUCAGAGAUUGGCCUUUCUUGUGAAAGGCACAAGAAGCAAGCGCAAACGCCCCACAACGCUGAGAUUCUUCCAAUCACUUGGAGCAGAGAUGUCUCAGAUGUUUGUUCCGGAGGAAUCAGAAUCUGAGAAUUCUGCCAAGAAGAAACGCAAGAAAUAUAGGAGUCCUCCCCAGUCGGUCUGUAACAGUCCAGAACUAUUUAACCCAGAUGGGACUGUCCGGAAAUGCACUCAUUGCGAGACAACCAGGACCCCGCAGUGGAGGGAAGGACCCUGUGGGCGUAAAACUCUAUGCAAUGCUUGCGGAGUACGGUUCAGAUCAGGCCGUCUUGUUCCAGAAUACCGUCCAGCAUCAAGCCCGACCUUCGUCCCAACCGUGCAUUCGAAUUCGCACAGAAAGAUCAUAGAGAUGAGAAGGAAAGAUGAAGGCCAGCCUGAUACCAGAAAGAUCCGUACCGUGACUUCCUGAGCAUAAGAGACGAAAACAGGGCUUUGUAACUUCAGCAGACCAAAUGAGUUUGGUCUAUGAUAAAAGGUCAAAAUUGUGAGGAUUUGUAGAAUUGGUCAACUCUCUUCUCUUGGAAGACUGAUGUUCUUAAAAACUAGGGUUUAGGGUUUGUCUUUUUUUUUUUAAUCUGAUGCGGAGAGUUUAGGGUUUUUGUUGAAAUUUAGGGUCUUAGUUGUUGUUUGAUUAUUUGGUUAUGUUUGAAAGAAUGUUUGGCUGACAUCUAUUUUUUUAUCAGAGUAGUGUAGUGUAGUGCACCUUCGGCUCGGGUUCUUAUCUCCUCACUAAAAAGAGGACUUAUUAACCUGCUUUGGUCCCGGGUCUAUUGCCAGAGCCUCUCGGAUAAGAGUGAUGUAAUGCCAUCUUUGUUUUCAAGAAGCAACCAUAUUAUUUUAUUUUUCA